ACAGUUUGACUUAUUCUGGCAGCCAAAUUUCUGAAAGUUAUCAUCAAAAACCCUCUCUGUUAGGGUUUCCAAAAUUUCCCAAAUCCAAAAUGAAAUCUUUUUUUACAAUUUAAACAAUCCCAAGCUUUCUUCUUUACAAAGUAUUUUCCAAAAAACCCAUUUCAAGUUUCAAGCAAAAGAAGCCAAGAAAAGGGUUCGUAAACGGCAUCAAGAAAAUGAAUGGCAGAAAAAGAGCAGCCGUUAAAGCUUCGACCAGCAUCGUCCAUGUCCCAAAUCAAGAGGCACUGGUUCUUCCUUGCAGGAUCCUUCAACUCCCGCGUCGUACAAUCUACGAAAUUCUCUCAAGGCUCCCAAUCAAAACCCUCUUCCAAUGCAGGUCCGUUUGCAAGAGAUUUCUUUGUUUUAUCUCCGAUCCUGAAUUUGCUAAGCUUCAACUCUCGAAAUCCCAAGUUUGCAUCUUAAUCAAGACGCUGCCGCUCCAAAACGCUUCGAAACGACUCCAGUUAGCUCAUGUUGAAGCCAAUGGUUCAACUUUUGAGGUCUCGAAACUCAACUUUACUCCCAAAUCAAAUCUCCCCACUAUUGAUAUCUCUCAUAUGAAUGCUUGCAAUGGUUUACUCUGUUUAGUUGGAUCUGAGAAAGAUUAUAACAUUUAUGUUUGUAAUCCGAUUUUGGGUGAAUUCAUCACAAUUCAACCGCCUUAUAAGGACAGGCAAAGGGGUAGCUUUUGGGGGCUUGGUUAUUCAGCUAUGAUGAAUCAAUACAAAGUUUUGCAAAGCUAUUAUCCCGCAAUGGAGUCGAAUAAUAGAUACGCAAUGGCUGAGAUUUACACCAUUGGAACUGGUACAUGGAGAAGCAUUGGGAGUGCACCUAUUGAUACUGUUGCUUUGCCUUUCAAUGCUUUCUUGAAUGGCGCUCUUCACUGGUUUCCUUGUACUCCUAAUGGUAGUGAAUUCAUACACACUUUCGACUUUGAUUCUGAGAAGUUUGGGACGCUCCCACCGCCUGAUCAUUUCCGAGAAACUGAUAAGAAGUUCACUAAUUACUCAAGGAUUGGAGUGCUAGGAGGGUGUCUGUUUAUGAUUUACUUUACGAACUCGACGCGAUUCGAUAUUUGGGUUAUGAAGGAUUAUGGUGUGAAGGAGUCCUGGAUCAAGCAGUUUGUGAUUGAGAAUUUGUAUCCAAAACAAGGCAGUUGGGAUUUCUAUGAACCCAUGGUUGUUUUGAACAAUGGGGAAAUCUUGAUGUUGUUCAAUAAUGAUGCAGUGGUUUGUUACAAUCAGAAGCGCAAAAAUCUUCGUGGAACUAAGUUUUUCCGGACUCGUUCCCAGUUUGAUGCAACUGCUUUCACCCCUUCACUUGUUUCUCUUAACAAUGUUGCUAAAGGAGAGCAAAUUUCUAGGAUGCAAGGAACCAAAGACUAUGACAAACUAUGUACUGAAGAAUUCCAAGAUUGUGCUGAUUGUGGAGCGCUACUUGUUAACCCUAGCUGUAGUUUUCCGGCUUUUGGGGUUCCCUACGGAGCUGUAACUUAUCAUGCAAAUUUAUAUGCAAGAAACUCGGAGAACAGAUGUACGGCUUGUAUCAAUCGUGGAGUUGCUCCUCCGAAAUCGUUUCUGACCCUGUGGAAUAUGUGAAGAAAACAGUGAUCGAGGAAAUCGUUUCGACUUGUCAUAUGAACUUAGUCCAUCGGAAAUAUCAUUAUCCGAUUCCUCAACUGAACUUUUUUUAUGCCUGAUUUGUGGAUGUUAUUGCUCUUUUGUGCUUGUAAAUAUUGAAAACAUCUUCCUGUUGAACUUGGGAAAAUUAGUAUUGCUAAUUAGUAGAAUAGCCUACUCUUUCGUAUAAACCAAGAACCGGCACUGGCAUGCUUUGAUUUGUGUAACUAGACCUUUUGAGCUAUGUUAUUUAGACUCUUCAUUUUCUUCGA